ACUUCCUGUGUUGCUGUGUAAUAAGGUUUUAGAGAACUGGAAUCUGCAGAGUAUACUCACUGUUCUGCAAGCGCCACGCUUGUCUUCAUUUUAUCUGUUUGGAAUCAGGUGUCCUAAUGCACCUACCUGUUACUGAGCCACAGAGAUUCCUUCCUUUCUCAGAUUUAAUCCCUUUGUCAAGCUUCUUCUUUUGGUCUAUGAAACAGCAGCUCAGCUAAUUAAUCAGAUCUUGGAGCAGUUUUAAUUUUUUGGCAAAUUGGAGUACUUCAAAUUUUCCUUCAAUUCACACCAUCUCAUGGUGAUAUGCUUAUGUUCAUGUUCAUUGACUAAAGACGGAGUAACUGCUGGGAUUGUCUGACUUCAACAAGAUGGCACAGCUGGCAUUUAAAGAUGCUUUCUGGUCUACAGAUUUAAUACUGAACACUGGAUAUGACAUUAUCCUCCAGAGAUUACUGGAUGGGAGGAAGAUGUGUAAAGAUGUGGAGGACCUACUGAAACAGAGGGCCAUUGCCGAAGAAAAAUACGGAAAGGAAUUAGUUCAAAUUGCAAGAAAGGCCGGGGGACAAACUGAAAUAAACAAAUUACGAGGGUCCUUUGAUGAAUUAAAACAACAAAUUGAGAAUAUUGGAAACUCACACAUACAACUAGCAGCAACUGUAAGGGAAGAACUGCAGAGUUUGGAGGACUUUAGAGAGAGACAAAAGGAACUGAGAAAAAAGUAUGAGAAUGCCAUGGAGCGCCUACAAAAGAAUAAAGUGUCCAUGUACAAGAAGACAAUGGAGUCAAAGAAAAGUUAUGAACAAAAAUGCAGAGAAGCAGAGGAGGCAGAGCUGAACUUCGAGCGUCUGGCCAUAUCCGGAAAUCCCAAGCAAGUUGAGAAGAGUCAGAACAAACUGAAACAUUGUAAGGAUGCAGCUACUGAGGCAGAUCAGCUGUAUAAGAAUAACAUUACUCUACUGGACAAAGCCCGUAUUGAAUGGGAGACGGAGCACAUAAGCACUUGUGAGGCUUUUGAACAACAAGAGAAAGAUAGAAUCAGUAUACUGCGUAAUUCUUUCUGGGUUCACACCAAUCAAUUUUCCAUGCAGUGUGUAGGGGAUGAUGAGAUGCUGGAGGUGGUCAGGCAGAGUCUGGAGCAGUGUGAUGUGGAAACAGAAAUGAAUGACUUCAUUCAGGAGAAGACCAUAGGACGUAUUCCUCCAGGUCCUGUCCUGUAUGAGAGCUAUACUAAUGGAUUGGUUCCAAGGAGCAGUAACGGAAUAAGUCCACAAGGUGGCAGCAAUAAAAUGAUAAAAAGGAUUUCCAAUCUUCUGCAUGGUUGUAGUGGAAGUGUUAGGAACUUGGCAGAACUCAACAAUCAACCAACAGGGACUGGAGAUUCAGAGUAUGCUAGUAUCCCCAUAGUUCCAAGAAGAGAUUCUAAUGAGCUGGACACAGAAAAACAGGAAUAUACUGUGCUGUAUGAUUACACUGCCCAGAAUACAGAUGAGCUGGAUAUUAGUGCUGGAGAUGUGGUACAUGUGCUGGAUAUGGGAGAGGAUGGCUGGUGGACAGUGGAGAGGAAUGGUCGCAGUGGAUUGGUUCCUGGAUCCUACAUUGACAAAAAAGACUGAUGCACUGGACAAAACCGGAUGGCACACCAUGUAACAACACACCGGAUAGACACGGGAUUCUCCAAAUGUUUCACUGCUGCUGUUACUGAAUUUUUAACAUACUUUAAUAUCAGUACACAUACUGGAUGUAUAUAUGGGCACAUUCCUUAACCCUAUUUUAGAUGAUUUAAAUAGAUAUCUUUUAUUAAAGACUGGCUCAUUAAAAUGCUGAGCCUAAUUCCCCAUGAUGUUUGAGAAAGAUAAUAGUACCUUCGCUAGCAUGUGAUAUUUGUGAUUAAAGCUUUUAUUGAUGGCUAAAGUUAUUUCUAACAUGGGUUUCUUUAAAAAAUAAUUUAUGUGGUUCAAAUACUGAAUAAGAAUACCCAAAUCUGCAUGUAGAUUUCAAAAAAUAAUUAUCAUUGAUAACUAUAUUAAACAUUAAAUCUAUAUUUUUGAAGAA